UCAAAGACUUCCGGAGCGGGGUGACGUCAGGUCAUUGGUUCUAACUUGAACACAGAACUGGAGUUUUCUGUCCGAAGUGCAGCGGGCAAGAGAAAAUUGCUAGGCGGACACAGUUCCGGGAAGAAAGACCUCAGGAUAGAUCGGCCUGGCAGGAGGUAGUUUCCCAAACAGAAUCUUGGCCUUCCUGCUGCAGCCAAGCCAGAUGCCUUCUUCUGUGUCUCCAGACCACGGGGGUGACCCAGAGGCCUGUGUCUUCAGAUUUUCAGACCUGGAUUUAAAAGACACAAGUCCCAUCAGUCCCAGUAACCAGCUCAAAGCCGAGUUAGAUGGUAGCACAAGGAAGAAAUACUCCUUUGCAAAGAAAAAGGCAUUUGCCCUUUUCGUCAAAACCAAGGAAGUCCCAGCAUCUAAAGAAAAACAGUGGAAAUGUUGUCAACAGCCAUUCAAGGACGAGAGCAGCAUCCACAGACACGUGGCCACACAACACGCUGAUGAAGUCUGUCAGCAGACUGGUGCUGUUUUAAAGGAGCUGGCUGUGACACUGAGCUCCUCAGAGAGUCUCCAGCUUGCAGAUGAAAGGAACCUUCCCAAAGAGUCCCUCCCUCCCGACUGGGACUGGGCAGUGGCUUCUUGGCUCCCUGACAUCAGCGGCUUUAGUCCUGACCAGCUGACAGGCGGCCAGGGCAUCGAUGACGGGGAGGUGCUGCUUUAUUACUGCUACUGCGACCUGCAGGAUCCACAGCGGGUCUGUGCCUGGCAGGCAGCUCUGUGUCGCCAUCUCCAGCUCACAGGCAAGCUUCGGAUUGCUACUGAAGGAAUUAACGGGACGCUUGGCGGAAGCAGGUUGGCCACCAGCCUCUAUGUGGAAGCCAUGCUUUCCUGUCCAUGGCUUAAGGAUCGCCUGUGUAAGGAAGACUUUAAGACCAGCCCAGGAGGAGCUCACUGUUUCCCAGAGUUGCGCGUUGGUGUGUUUGAAGAAAUCGUGCCCAUGGGGAUUAGCCCUAGUAAGAUCUCCUACAAGAAGCCUGGAAUCCAUUUAUCCCCAAGCGAGUUUCAUAAGGAAGUGGAAGCAUUUUUAUCUCUGGCCAAUCAGGGACAGAGUGAUACUCUCCUCCUGGACUGCAGAAACUUCUACGAAAGCAAAAUUGGACGAUUCCAGGGCUGCUUAGCCCCCGACAUCAGGAAGUUCAGUUACUUCCCUAGCUACGUUGACACAAACCUAGAGCUUUUCCGAGAGAAGCGGGUACUGAUGUACUGCACGGGGGGCAUCCGUUGUGAGCGUGGCUCAGCCUACCUCAAAGCCAAGGGCGUGUGCAAAGAGGUGCUCCAGCUCAGAGGCGGCAUCCACAAGUACCUGGAGGAGUUCCCCGACGGUUUCUACAAGGGGAAGCUGUUCGUGUUCGAUGAGCGCUGCGCCCUGUCCUACAACGGGGACGUCUUGGCAGAAUGUUCAUACUGUGGAGUCCAGUGGGACCAGUACAAACUCUGCUCAACUCCCCAGUGCCGCCAGCUCGUCCUGUCCUGCCCUGCCUGCCAGGAGCAAGGGUUCACAGCCUGUUGUGUCACGUGCCAGGACAAAGGGAAGAGGCGAGCUACCAGCGCAAGGCCGAGCAGCUUUAAAGAGGAGUGUGAAUGCACAGCCCGCCGGCCACGCAUACCCAAGGAAGCAUCACAGCCACGCAGCCCGGUGAAUGCAGAGCCUGGGCCUGAUGCUCGUGUGAGCGUCUCCUCCAAACCAUCCCCGAGCUAGGUUUGGGGCAGCCACAUAUAGGGGAAUUUCACAGCUACUGCACCAGAGAAAUGGAGAGUGUCAGGGCUGGCCAAUGCCACCAUAUCAACUGGUGACUUUGCUGGGCACCUCCACUGGACAGCAGGAAGGGCCAGGGCCAUGGCUGCUAUCUGACUCCUGCCUGACCUGAGACAUUGACUCGUGAUACUGGAGCACAGUGAAGUGGUGAGCCUGGGGGAUCCCAUGGUGCUCAGAAUAGAGCCUGGUGCCCAUGCCAGGCCCCCUCUCUGCUCUGUACCAGAGCUGUUUGUAGACACUGCGUUUGUCGUCACACCUAUCCAUCCUAGUGGCAGAAACGUGAAGACUCUGAACCAGGCCCCCACCCCUACCUGGGCCGCCUGAGAGCAUCUGGACCAAGGGUCUCCAUCGUGGCAUUUGGCCACUUCCUAUUUUUGUAAAUAAAGUUUUACUGGAACGCA